AUGGGCAAGGCCGGUCGCGUUGAGGUUGAGCAGGCCUUCCCCAACUCUGCGCCGGCGACCAGGUCCAGCCGCUGCCGGUGUGGCGCAGUCGUUGAAAAGGUGGUCAACGGGAAGUGCGUCUCUGUGCUGUUCCUGGCAGUCAGCGGAUUCCUCUCGGCCUUCUUCCUGCUGCUUCAUCUCCGAGCAUCAGGAGACAUCCCUGAUGAUCCUGGCAUACUCGCCGAAAUCGAGGCAGGCUUCAUUUUGUCAGUACCACACUCACAGGUAGCUUCACAAGCUGGAAUGCUCGAAAAAGAGAUAUAUAGCCAAAUAGGUGUCCCCAAUAGUACGGUUUCAGUUUCUAUGCGGCCAUACAUAUAUACAGAUACCACUUAUGUGAAGUUUGGUGUUCUUCCAGACCCAAGAAAUACCUCCAUGAGCACAAAAUCCAUCAAUGCACUGAGAGCAUCUUUGAUAAAACUUACACUACACCAGCUGAAUUUAUCUUUGACACCAUCUGUUUUUGGAGACACAUUUUGCUUGGAGAUUCUAGGGUUCCCAGGAGGGAUUACGGUAUUGUUUCCACGUAAUGCUUCACAUGCUGACUCAAGACAACCUCUCUUCAACAUCACGCUCAACUCAACCAUACAUGAAAUAAGGGGAUUUCUUGAGGAGAUGAAGACUGAGCUUGGAUCCACAUUGGAGCAAACACCAGAUGAGGAAUUAUAUGUCGAGUUAACAAAUAUGAAUGGCUCAACAGUUGCAGCACCAGUUACAGUUCAAGUUUCCAUUUCCUCCAUUGACCACAUCAUUUAUCUAGGAACUUAUAGGCUGAAACAGCUAGCCAAAAUCAUCACAGAAUGGAGUGCAAGGAACCUUGGCCUAAAUACCUCAAUUUUUGGCAAAAUUAUGGAUUUGACGUUGUCUCCACUCCUACAAACCUUCGUUCCACCCUGUGCUCCUAGCUUGUCUCCAACAUCAAUGCCAUCCCUGUUCUGGCCUCCAAUAUCAGAGCACCCAAAAACCUAUCCUUACGGGGAAAUUUCAUGUCCUCCUUUGGUUAAAAUUCAAAAUGAAACCACUCAACAUCGCAGAUUAAUGCAUGUAUCAUCCAAGACUAUUUCUCCACAAUUGUCAACAUGGUUUCAUAGGAAGUACACAUCUGAGGACAAGAAAAACAGUAUUGCAGUGGCAGCAACAACAUUCACUGCACCAGCACCCAAACCAAAAUGA